AUGCACUGUAAGCAAAGGUGGCAGAAGAUCAACGACCUCGUCUGCAAGUUCUGUGGCUCCUAUGAAGCUGCAACCAGGAAGAAGACCAGCGGACAAAAUGAGACUGAUGUUCUCAAAAGAGCGCAUGAGAUCUUCUACAACAACUAUAAGAAGAAGUUCACCCUUGAGCAUGCAUGGAUAGAGCUGCGAAACGAACAGAAAUGGUGUGAUCUUUCAAGCUCAAAGCAAGAUGGAAGCUCUAAAAAGAGGAAGUUGGACGAUGGUGCACAAUCAUCAACCUCUCACGCCACUGAAAGCAAGACUUCUGAAGCUGAUGAAGGCACCAAUCGUCCCUUGGGUGUGAAGGCAUCUAAAGGACGUGGUAAGAAGACGACGUUUGAGGGGACGGGGCUGUCUGAGUUUCAGACAAUGUGGUCCAUUAAACAGCAGGAUCUGGUUAGAGAAUCAACAUACGCAGAGCUUCUUGUUCCUGUUCUGAUGAUGGGCUGA